GCAAGUUGCAAAGCCUGCGAGUGCGCUCCCGCUCGCUCCUUCCCUCUCUGCCACAAUCUUCACACCACCAUGCCUGCAAACCCUUCUUUCCUUAUCCUCCAUCCACGCCUUAAUCUCUACCUCAAGCCCUUCUUUCUCUCCCUCCCCCAUUUCUCAUCUCCAUCUCUUACCUUCAAUAGCAUUCGAAGAUUUCCUAUCCCCAAACCGCCAUUUCCGAUAAACCGUAGAAACCUAUCGUCUUUAUCGUCCGCCGCGACAACGCAGUCUACUGACGACAAUGGCGGUGGCAGAGGUAGGCCAGGUGCGCUUUCUGCGCCUCCAACCACCGAUGACGUGCGGAGGAUCGACGUCAAUCCUCCUAGGGGAACCAGGGACUUCCCCCCCGAGGAAAUGCGCCUCCGCAAUUGGCUCUUUCGCAACUUUCGAGAGGUUUCGCUAUUGUUUGGGUUCGAGGAAGUUGAUUUUCCGGUGCUAGAGUCAGAGGCGUUGUUCAUUAGAAAAGCCGGGGAGGAGAUUAGGGAUCAGCUAUACUGUUUUGAAGAUCGGGGAAAUCGUCGAGUCGCAUUGAGGCCAGAGCUCACUCCUUCGUUGGCGAGGCUGGUGAUACAGAAAGGAAAAUCUCUCUCUCUACCAUUGAAAUGGUUUGCUAUAGGACAGUGUUGGCGUUAUGAGAGAAUGACAAGAGGAAGGCGUCGUGAGCACUAUCAGUGGAAUAUGGAUAUUAUUGGUGUACCUGACGUUACGGCUGAAGCAGAACUUAUUUCAUCGAUCGUCACUUUUUUCAAGCGAAUUGGAAUUACAGCAUCAGACGUUGGAUUCAAGGUUUCUAGCCGAAAGGUUUUACAAGAAGUAUUGAGGUGCUACUCUAUACCUGAAAAUUUAUUCUCCAAGGUUUGCAUAAUUAUAGACAAGAUAGAGAAGAUUCCAAUGGAUGAGAUAAAGAAAGAGUUGAAAUCUGCUGGUGUAUCAGAAAAGGCUGUUGAGGAGCUAUUGCAAGUUCUUUCCAUCAAGUCAUUGACAAAAUUGGAAGAAAUACUUGGAAGUGCUGGGGAAGCUGUUGCCGAUCUAAAGCUGCUAUUCUCCCUGGCUGAAAAGUUUGGUUAUUCUGAAUGGAUUGAAUUUGAUGCAUCUAUUGUACGUGGGCUUGCUUACUACACUGGAAUUGUGUUCGAGGGUUUUGAUAGAGAAGGAAAGUUGCGAGCCAUUUGUGGUGGUGGGCGAUAUGACCAGUUACUCUCAACUUUUGGUGGCGAUGACCUUCCUGCAUGUGGAUUUGGAUUUGGUGAUGCUGUUAUAAUAGAAUUGCUCAAGGACAAGGGACUUCUACCAGAAGUCAACCUCGAAGUAGAGAAUAUUGUGUCCGCUUUGGAUGUUGAUCUCCAAGGGGCAGCUGCUAGAGUUGCUAGCAUACUCAGGGAGAAAGGCCAAAGUGUUGAUUUGGUCUUGGAAAGCAAACCGCUUAAAUGGGUUUUCAAACGAGCGGCACGGAUAAAUGCAGAGAGGCUAAUAUUGGUUGGAAGUUCAGAAUGGCAAAGGGGUAUGGUUAGCGUCAAAAUCCUUUCUUCUGGUGAACAGUAUGAAGUCAAACUAGAUGAACUAGAAUGACGAGAUUUGACGAUUUUGGUAUUUAUAUAUUCUUUUUUUAUUUUAUUCUUGAUAGUUAAGUUUAACCUUUGUUUUUAUUUUUCGAAAAUUUAGUACUUCUCUAUGUAUCUGUGGUAGAAAAAUGAAAUGAACUCAACUCAUUUUUGUGCA